GUAGCCAGUGUUAUCACUACCGUCUAAAACACAGAGAGAGAGGAGCAAGAAUGGCGAUGGCGAUGUUACCGGCGCUCUUCUCUUCUCCUUCGAUUCUAACCAGCAGAAUCAGAUGCGGAGCCACAGCUAACAGCGGCGGCGCACUCUCAUCUACUUCUUCUGACUCCGAUCUUAGGAGAGGUGUUCCCUUGUAUAAGCCCAAAUCAUACGAGGUUCUAGCCACUGACGCCGCCAAUUCUCUUGCUUUCGCUCUCCAGGAUUCAAAAUCUCGUUUGGAAAUCGAUUUUCCACCUUUACCCAGUAGCAUUUCUUCUUACAAGGGUUCGUCAGACGACUUUAUUGAUGCUAAUAUACAACUGGCCGUGACUGUUGUCCGCAAACUUCAGGAGAAAAUUGAGACAAGAGCUUGCAUUGUUUUUCCUGACAAGCCUGAGAAGCACAGGGCUUCUCAACGCUUCAAAGCGGCAUUUGAUUCGGUUGAUGGCAUAAGUAUUGGUUCUCUAGAUGAUAUACCUGGUAGCUCUGUCACCAAUUUCUUCAGGUCCAUAAGGAGUAUCCUGGACUUUGAUUUUGAAGAUGAAAAUGAAGGAACUUGGGAGCCCAAGGAGCCUCCGACCCUUUAUAUAUUUAUCAAUUGCAGCACUCGGGAACUCUCUUUCAUAGAGAAGUUUGUGGAAACCUUUGCCAGUUCAACCCCAGCUCUUCUGUUCAAUCUUGAGCUAGAUACUUUGCGUGCUGACCUAGGGCUUCUUGGCUUCCCUCCUAAAGAUCUGCACUACCGGUUUCUUUCUCAAUUUAUUCCCGUCUUUUAUAUCCGAACCAGAGAGUAUUCAAAGACAGUGGCAGUGGCACCAUUUGUGUUAAACUACAACGGAGCACUUUUCCGACAAUAUCCUGGGCCAUGGCAGGUGAUGCUUAAGCAAACUGAUGGUUCAUAUGCGUGUGUUGCAGAAAGCCCUACUCGUUUCACGCUGGGUGAAACGAAGGAAGAGCUGUUGCAGGUUCUGGGACUACAAGAAGAGAAAGGAAGCUCACUCGAGUUCCUGCGCAGGGGAUACAAGUCGGCAACUUGGUGGGAAGAGGAUGUGGAGCUUGAGGCAUCAUCUAAUUGGCGUAACUGAACGAUGGCCAAGUCAUGGAUUCACACUUUUGGUAUGUUUGUUAAGUCCCUCAAGAUCGAGAUAUUUACACUUGUAUAUGUGCAAAGUUGGUAGAGAGAGUUUGGGAGAUGUUAAUGGGAAUGAUAAAGGAUAGUUUGAAAAUGAUGUCUAUAUAAACUCAGUCCAAUUAUGAUAGUGUCUGCUCCACCCACUUUAA